ACACCGCAAAUUUCAAAUAUGUAACCAAAUCAGUGCCGCCACUCACACGUGAUAACCCAAAGACUCGGGGCCAACUUCAGGUAAAACAUAAACAUAAUCUAAAAUGGUAGUGUACGUGUGAGAGCUUUACGUGCUGUUGGUAAAUAUUGAACUUUAUAAAUAAAAGUGAAUGAAUGACCGCAUAAAGUGUGAACGAAGAAUUAAAUUAAAGUGACCGGGAUCAUUUGGAGUAUUAGUGGAGGAGUGAUACCAGCCUGGGACUUCAUAAAUAUUAAGUUUUUUUUCUAGAUUUCGAUCUUCUAAGCGGACUGGCGUUUCUUCUAAUAUGAACCUGGCGACAAUAGAUUCGUAGUGACCCCCAAAAGGUCGCCACCAUGGGUAACCAGUGCUGUAGUAAAAGACAGGAAGUGGAACCUCGCAGUAUUUAUACCGGACUUAAAACCCCUGGAAAUGACGUGAAAAUAAUAGGCGGUUUAGAGCCUCGCUAUACACCUGAUCCCCAAAGAAGCCAUGUAGACAUAAUCCGUCCGCGACCAACGCCAACAAGACCUACGAUAGGUGGCGGCAAUCCAAUUGUUAUUGCCCUCUACAAUUAUACGGCGCGAGAUUCCACCGAUGUCACCUUCAGAAAGGGCGAUAGAUUACAAGUUAUCGACAAUUCCGAUGGCGAUUGGUGGACGGUCGUGCACUUAGGAACGGGACAGGAAGGGCUGAUACCUGGCAAUUUUGUGGCGGUCGAAUUAAGCGUGGAGAGCGAAGAUUGGUUUUUUGAAAAUGUAACGAGGAAGGAAGCAGAUAAAUUGUUGUUAGCCGAGGAAAAUCCGCGAGGUACUUUUCUAGUCCGACCUUCAGAACACAAUCCGCACGGAUAUUCGUUAUCGGUUAAAGACUGGGAGGAGCAGCGGGGUUACCACGUCAAACAUUACAAAAUAAAACCUUUAGAUAAUGGUGGAUACUACAUAUCUACCAAUAAAACCUUCCUAUCCUUAUCAGAAUUAGUUCAAGCUUACUCAAAAAAUGCAUGGGGUUUGUGCCACGUGCUGUCUAGGCCAUGCACGAAGCCUCAGCCUCAAAUGUGGGAUUUGGGUCCCACAUUUAGGGAUAAAUGGGAAAUACCUAGAGAAGAGAUUCACCUAAUUCGGCGAUUGGGGCGCGGCAAUUUCGGUGAAGUGUACUACGGCAAGUGGAGGAAUAGUAUCGACGUUGCCGUGAAGACGCUACGCGAAGGUACAAUGUCAACCCAGGCAUUCCUCCAAGAGGCGGCCAUUAUGAAGAAGUUUAGGCAUAAGCGCUUAGUUGCACUUUACGCGGUCUGCAGUAAAGAGGAACCGAUCUAUAUAGUUCAAGAAUACAUGUCCAAAGGUAGCCUGUUAGACUUCCUCCGAAAGGAGGAAGGAAAAACGUUGGAAUUCGAAGAUCUGAUAUACAUAGCGUCACAAGUGGCCUCCGGCAUGGAGUACUUAGAAUCGAAACAGCUAAUCCACAGGGAUUUGGCAGCUCGAAACGUCCUAAUCGGCGAGAACAACAUUGCGAAAAUAUGCGACUUCGGUUUGGCACGAGUAAUCGAAGAUAACGAAUACUGCCCGAAGCAAGGAUCUCGGUUUCCCGUAAAGUGGACGGCGCCCGAGGCGAUAAUCUAUGGCAAAUUCUCGAUUAAGUCGGACGUGUGGUCGUACGGAAUACUACUCAUGGAGCUGUUCACCUACGGCCAGGUACCCUAUCCGGGAAUGCACGGACGCGAAGUAAUCGAGCAAGUCGAAAAGGGCUACAGAAUGCCUAAACCUACCUCACACUGUAUACCUGACGAAAUUUACCAAUAUAUGUUGAGCUGUUGGGACGCGCGACCCGAAAAUAGACCCACCUUCGAAUUCUUAACCCAUUACUUCGAAGGUUUCAAUGUAACCUCCGAGAUACCGUACAGGGAAGUGCCGGACUAGGGAUUGCUUUUAUACGGCUUCUGCUAAUUUGUGACAAUGGGGCAUCUCGAAUUCUCAUUCCUAAAUAUAUUUUCUCUAAAGUAAAUUUGGUGCUCACUCGAAGAAAGUCACCCCUAAAGUUGGUGCAGAAGAGAUGGGGUUGUCACGAAUUAAACCAUAGGAGAAUUUAAUUAGGCUUGACAUUCUUUUCGUAAUUCUGUAAUCUAGACAGGGUCUAAAGCACUGAAAUUUGUGAUCACCAUUCUAACUUUACUAAAAAUCGAAUUCUAAAAUCUCUCGAAUUUUCCCUUUUUGGUUUUAUAUGGGGCGACUGUCACACUCCCCCCGUAUUUCGACGGACCAAAUUGAGUUUUUUCAAAAAUUUACCGUUAGGAAAGCGUUUUAUUCCUAAGACUUAACGCAUUUUUUUGUGUAUUUGUAAAUGUUUGUGAGUUAGUUUGUCAUUGUAAAUUAUGCUUUAUGUAUUAUAUAAAUAUAUGAUUUUCGAAUAGGAAAAAAAUAUUAGAAUAGAAUUAAUAUUGAAAAGAAUAACGGUGGUUUUUUCAGCACAUUUUACAUAUUUUUCUACCAACUUAUCAUUGUUUCUUCUUAAGAAAAAAAAGGUGCACGUGUGUGUUAUAAUUAAUGUAUAAUGUUUAUAGCAAACGUCCACUAUAACGAGGAAUAUUUAGUCAUGUUGGUAUUUAAUUUAAUAUUAAGUAUUAGUGAAGUGAUAAUGUACAGUAUGUUCUAGAAAAGAUGACCACAGUUUGUGAGGACAAUAUAAACAGAUUAAAAGUAA